CACGAAUAAUUAAAUGUUUGUUUUCGUCGGAAUAUUUUAGAGAGAUUUUUUGUGAGGUGGCCGACUGUCCUGUUUUUGUACAUGUCAGUGUUCACAGUGAUCUAGAAUAGCUGGAAAAUGAACGUUUGCGGCCGCAAUUUAACUCCGAUCUAUAUAAACUAAAUGAUACGGUCUUCAUUUUCACAGCUUUAUGGGAAAACACAAAGCGUUUAGAUCUUUUGGAGACUGUGGGGCGGUGAUUGGAGGUUGGCUGAAAACGAAUGACUGAAUUACAGGGCAAAUCGAUAGACCAGCAAACGAUAUGUCAGCGAACAAGUGAAUUAAUAGACACUGAGGAGCAUAUUAAUUUAUGUCAAGCAAUUUAUUUCAAGCCGGUCAGCGAACAGACCUCACAAAGGCCACCGCUAGGUUUUCUCCCUGUAUGUCACAACGGCGGUGAAUCAGCAUGACCCUGAAUAUGAAGUCUGAUGAUGGUGUCCUAACGCGGGGGUCCUUUGGAUGGAGCAUUGAUGGGAACUUCAGCUCUGUGUGUCCCAAUGGAUCCGUAUGGAUUUGGGAAGGCCUUGGGGAAUGUGCCCAGGACUCCAGGGACGUUGCCAGCGUCGCUGUGGGUCUUCUAUCCAUAGUGUGCUUUAUGGUUUCUUCUAUACCGCAGUACUACAGUUCUUGUAAAAGUGGGAAUAUGGAUAGAGCGUUGUCCAUCUGGUUUCUGCUGCUGUGGCUGGGGGGUGAUUCAUGCAAUCUUGUAGGCUCAUUCUUAGCUGACCAACUGCCACUACAGACGUACACCGCAGUGUAUUAUGUCCUGGCUGACCUAUUGAUGCUGGGAAUGUACUUUUACUACGUGGCUAAGAACAGGAUGAAUAACAACAGGUUGGUCUUAAAUGUAAUUGGUCUGGUCUACUUCCUGGGCUUCUCUACCAGCCUUGUGGCCUUACCUGGGUUAGGGUCCCAACAGGAUGUGGUCAUCUCUAGUUUUACAGGAAGGGCAUUGCUGUCAACCACUGUGAACGGUGUUAAGGCUUUCAGCACCAAGGAGAUUAUUGGGUUGACCAUUGGCUCCAUAUCCUCAGUGCUCUACCUCUGCUCCAGACUGCCACAGAUGUACAUUAAUUACAUGAGGAAAUCGACGCAGGGUGUGUCCUACUUCUUGUUUGCCCUGGUCAUCCUGGGUAAUACAACGUAUGGCCUGAGUGUGCUUCUGAAGAACCCUGAACGGGGCCAGGGUGAGGGCAGCUAUAUCAUCCACCACCUGCCCUGGCUUGUAGGUAGCCUUGGAACCCUCUCUCUAGAUCUACUGAUCUCUAUUCAGUUCCUGAUAUACCGCAACAGUGCCCUUCUAGAGUUGGAGUCUCAUCUGGAUGAGAGAGCUGCGCUGCUGGACAAAUGAAACUCCUUGAUGCUGGAUCCAGCUGUUUAUGUCAGUGUUUUUCAACCCUGCUCCUGGGGGCCCCCUGCCCUGCAUGUUUUAGAUUUCUCCCUGCUCUGUCACACC